AGGGUGGGAUGUCCGGGUGUUGUUUCCCGCUCAAGUUGUUUCAUCUUGCAAGUCAUCCUUCUAAUCUUGCUUUCUGGCCGAGAAACGUGAUGCUUCCCCGCAACUGCUGGCUGUGGCGUUCAAGAUCGGCAUCGUUGCCCAGAAAAGGUGUGCGUGGUGGAUCGGAGCGGUAAUGCGAAGCUGAAUGCUUCAACUAUUCCAUUGCCUUACAACUCACACACAUCAGUUUCCUUCCUUGAAGUUACUGCGAGGCAAACCUCGCAGAGUGAAGCCAUAAGUACAUAUCGGUGUUCGUACUGCUAUGGAGCACCAACAGUUCAGUGACCUGCAAACUCAAAGAACAUCGACCUUGUUCUCGGAAAGCGCGAGUCCAUGCUGCGAACAGUGGGACGUGGAAACAGAGUCCUGGGACUUACUCGACGGACCACCACCAGGUGGAAACUUUGAAGACCGACGUCCAACAGCUCAACAUCAGAAUACGUGCGCGAUGACGCAGCAGAAAUCUUCAGGGCUAGCGUCGUCGACUGAUCGUUCGUUACCGGACGCCUUCGAUCCGUCGUCCUACUGCCCAGAUUUCUCUCAGAUCUUCGACGAUUCUUUCCUCUUCUGGGACCCUCCGGACAGCUGCGAUGACUCGAACAGGGAUGGCUUGCAGACUCCAGCCCCGGAAUGGGUUGACGUCAUGUGUCCUCCCCAACACCUCUCUGACGGUCCGAGCGCCAGUAACCAGUGCAGAGGGGGAGACCGUCUGGACGUCUUCGAUGCUCCUUCCCCACCCUCCUUCCACCAGUUCCAGCCACCCAGUUCUCCGUGUCUGAAUGACAUGUCCGCCAGCUGGACGCUGGACUUUUCGGUUCGUGUGGGGAGCUCACCCCAGGGCGUUGCCACGGCAACACGAAAGAUGCAGAUGCACACCGAUGUCACUACACGAAGUCAAACCAUCAUGGCUCCUCCAGCAACACCGACCGCGGUGUCGAGGAACCUCAACAUCCAGUUCACCUCUUCCCUGGCGCAAGGGACCUCAUUGCCAGAGUACCAGGCCAGGCAGAACACGUCAUUUAGAAGGCUUCACUCCGUGUCGUCUACGGCCUCACCCGCUGUUCAGUGCUCUGCUACCCAGGCAAGUCACGUGCAGUGUCCCGCGCGAGAUACCAGGCCCUCUUACGUGCGAGUUGGGAAGUAUGCCAUACCCUACGUCCCGACGUCUCACUACUCAGUCACGGAAGACAACCAAUCAGGGCAUUCCUCUGGACCUCAGCUGGCGUCAUUUCCGGUUCGUCAAUUUCCACUUAGUUUGCCGAACGCUGUGCCCUGCAGGCUGUACGUCCCAAAUGAUUUGCAGUCCGCUGAUGGAGCGCUGGAUCUUAGCAAGAACCGUCUGGGAGGCGUGCGCUCUGCGAACGCCAGGGAACUCCUUUCUGCCCGGAGGGCAAUGCAGCAAUGUCACGUGGGACACAGGGUUAUCCCUAUUCGUCAGCCCAGACGAGUUGCUGUCCCUGUGGUGGACAUCUCGCAGGUAGACCCUGACGACAGAGCAUCGUCACACGUCCUUCCAGAGGCAAACCUUCAACGCUUAGUAUCAGGAGGGAUAAGUGAUGUUGAGCUUAAGGAGAAACGUAGCCCAGUUGAGAGUCGAUGUUAUGCAGCGGAGUACAAGAUGAUGACUCUGAAGAUCGGACCUUUCACUGUAUGCUGCCUGGAUGAUGAAACGUCUUCGCGACUUAGCUGCAAGUUCAAGAUCAUCUUCAGCAAGCGGAGGUUUAUCUACGAGUUUGAUACCUACACCGCUGUGAACGAAGCUGAGAUGCGGACGUCUUGCAUUAUCGUUCCGUUUCAAUCCCUCAGCGCCUUCAGAUGCGAGGAUACCUGGUUGACAAUACAGGUCCAAGCAAGACCGUUAAUCUUCUAUGGCCGUCGAACAGAGAAGUCGCCAGCCGACGUGGCCGAUGCAUCGCGCUUGAUCCGCGCAGCCCACUUGGAGUACUUUCCCAUUCAUAAGAUCCAACUCCAUCCGCUCGACGCAUCGCAAGCGCGACAGAAGCUGUGGCAGUACAGCCCAAAGUUCCAUGAGCUGAUGCUGCGGCACAUCUGCGUACCAGAAACGAGAUUGCGGCAUCCAUUACCACCACAUCCUUCCAGAGGGCGGUGGUGUCAACCAAGACCUCGCGCUCGACCAUCCAGAAUAAACCAAAGCAGGCAACCAGCGUCAGUAGCAGCACGCCCCCUCCUGGCGCGAACCGCAGGAAGUGUGGCAAGUUCAGCAUGCUCAUGUCACGUCAACUGUCGUUCCAGCGACACAUGUUCAUGCGCAAGAGCUCGCGCACCGUGCGACAGUCAACGAUGUUCCUGCGCAGGAUGCGACAACCCCCUCAAUCACUUGCUCACUGUCGGGGUCAGCCUGCAAGAAGCGCGUGCUGAUCUGUGUCUCAUGGAAGGAAUUUAUCGAGUCCGCGACCUGUCGUGGUACCUGUACCAGGCGGUUAGACUUCACUGCAGUCCAGAGAGCGCUACAGUUCGAGAGUGCAUUCCUGGACUGAAGCCAUGUCCGCGGUGUGGGGUACCGGCACAAUUCUCGUGGUGCACAAACGCGCUUUUCCAUGACGCCACGGUGUACCAUUGUCCGAACUGUGCCCGGUGUAACUAUGGAGUGGGAAGACAUUGUCUGAAAUGCAACGCGUGCUUCCACCUCGAUAUCGGCAACCAGCAUUGCCCCAGGUGCCGACUAAAUCAAGUACAGUCCCAGGAGGCCCCCGAUUCCACCACACCUGUACUUGGUUGAACAGAGAAAAGCAUCCGAAGAAAGGAACUCUCACGGCGAGCCUGUCAUCGACCUAAUGAGUCAAUAGCCCAGACGUAUCAUAUGUUUUCGGUGGAGGUGCAGCUCAUGCUUUUGUCACUGCUAGUCGCAAGGUUGCAUGCUUUUUUUUCGUUAUAGGACUACAUAGUUGUGUCCUACCUCUUUUGUUACUAGACAAGUUUUGUCGUGCAGCUGUUGGGUUUUGUUUGCUGGGCUCUAAAGAUGGUGACUUAUUUUAUUUAAAUCUAUGUAAAUGGUGUUACAUUGUUCAGCUUGCGAGAAGCAUACGUUUUCGUUUUCUUUCUUUGUGACAUAUAACAAUAAAUAGAGUUCGUUGAGUUGAGUGUACA